AUGUCUGAGAAUCCUGAGAGCAGCAGUAAAGCUUUGAAGAUCAACAAGGAAAAUGUUUACAAGAUAUUUGAAUGUAAUGAAUUGGUCGUAAUUAUAUUCUGUUCUUGUUACUACCAACUAACAUGUAUACACAAAUCCACUUUCGAAGAAGUUUCUGUAAAAGUUUCUGAACUUUAUCCAGAUCCUGGGAAAGUUGUUGUUGGAACAUCAUACCCUUAUGAGACAUGGACUGAAUAUUAUAGUACCUCAGAGCAGUAUAAUCACCCUUUUCAUAGCAAACCAAAUGUAAGAUUUUUUAUAAAUGGGAAGCUAGCUACAAAAAGUUUUAUCAGUGACAUAACAGUUUCAAACAUAGUAUCUUAUAUUCAAAAACUACUAGAUAAUUCUAUACAAGAAAUAUCUAGUGCAUUAUGCAUUCCUAAUAAACCUACCAAUGCCUACGAGAAAUUUAUGAUUGGAUACUUCAAAAAUAAAAAUUCACAAGCUUAUCAAAUAUUUAAGAAAUUGUCAAUGGUUUUUAUGGGUGAUUUUCAGUUCUAUGCCGGAUUUGGAGAAGAAUUUUGUACUAUGUACUCUGAUAACCAGAACAAAUCAUUAAUCAUAUUCAAGAUCUCCAACCAACCAUCUCCAGAAUUUGAACAAGAAAUAUUUAGUGACGAUUCAUCAGAUUACGAAUCACUUUAUGAUUGGGGAGAAAAACAUUCUUUAUAUUCAACGAGUGAAAUUACAUUUGAUAAUGCCGAAGAGAUGCUAAAAGAUCGUCCACUAUCUCUUAUUCUGUUUUAUAAUCCAGACGAUCUCAAACCCGUUAAACGGUUCAAGGAUAAUAUUAAAAGGGUUUUAAAAGAAUAUUGCAUUGGUGUUCAUAAUCGAAUUAAUUUCCUGACAGCGAAUGGUGCACAAUUUUCUAAAAAUUUACUAGAAAUUGAAAAAUCUCAAACUGAUUUACCAUUUCUACUUUUUUUUCGUUAUGAUACAAUCUAUCGGUUUCCAGAAAAUUAUGAUGUCACAACCUUGGUGUCUUACCAGCAACUGAAAACAUUAUUAAAAGAUUUGUUUUCAAGUAAUAGAUAUUACGGUCGUUAUGAUAGGUACGAACGUCAAGAUAAAAGUGGCUCUAUACACCCUGCCUACCGAUUUAAUUUAUUUUGUAAAUUUUCAAGCAAACCAGAGAAAAUCGAUCGAAAUUAUAUUCCAGACUCUAUAGAAAAUUAUUUUAGUGUUAGUCUAUUUGAUGAGUAA